UCAAUUCGUGUUAUAGAAAAUUGAAAACAAAAAAUUGUAAAUGAAAAAAUUUAUUCGUAUUAAUGUCGAAAAAUACUAAAAAUAGUUUUAAAUAAACGAAAAAUAGAUUUAUUUAAAAUGUUGGUAUAAACCUAGUCUGCAGGGAUGCGCAGAUUUCGAUGAUGCAACGAGAUGAUAAGUCACCCACUGCAUGUUGUGUUUGAACUGUAGGAGUGGUACGUUGACUAUAUUGUUGGCAUUGUCCGGCAUAAGGUUCAGCUAACGACAAACGUGCGUCUUUCCUUCCCGUAUGGCUGCAUAUGUUAACCGUACCAUGUCAAUGAUGGCUGGCGACGGGCCCCACAAUGUUGCUACGCUCAAUGGCGCCGUCCGUGUCAACAUGCCCAAUGUGGACUCUCCUCUGCAGAUAUUUGUGAGGGCCAAAAAGAAGAUCAAUGAUAUAUUUGUUGAGAUUGAUGACUAUGUUAAAGAUGCAGUCACAUUCAUGCAUGCUAUAUCGGGUGACAAAGGCAUCGCAACUCCACAAGAUGUCGCCAAUGUGGAGGCGUACAUCAGCAAAGUUCAGGCUAUACGGGAAGUACUCAAACGGGAUCACAUGAAGGUUGCAUUUUUCGGCAGGACAAGCAAUGGUAAAAGCACAGUUAUAAAUGCCAUGUUACACGACAAGAUUUUACCGAGCGGUAUCGGGCACACGACCAAUUGCUUCCUCCAAGUGGAGGGCUCCGAUACAGACGAAGCAUUCCUUCGCACAGAUGGAUCAGAGGAGAAACUCAAUGUCCAGUCAGUGAGUCAGCUGGGGCACGCGCUGUGCGCGUCGCGGCUGCAGGAGUGCUCGCUGGUGCACGUGUACUGGCCGCGCGAGCUGUGCGCCCUCUUGCGGGACGACGUCGUACUAGUGGACAGCCCCGGCGUCGACGUCACGCCCAACCUUGACACCUGGAUCGACCAGUACUGCCUCGACGCGGACGUGUUCGUGCUAGUCGCGAACGCCGAGUCCACGCUCAUGGUUACGGAGAAAAAUUUCUUUCACAAAGUAUCGACAAAAAUAUCGCAACCAAAUAUUUUCAUAUUGAACAACAGAUGGGACGCGUCGGCAUCCGAGCCAGAAUAUUUAGAACAGGUGCGCACGCAGCACGCCAACCGCUGCGUGGACUUCCUGGCGAGCGAGCUGCGCGUGUGCACGCCCAAGGAGGCGGAGGAUCGCAUCUUCUUCAUCUCCGCCAAGGAGGCGUUGUUGACGCGCAUGCGCGAAAGGGAGAAGCCCGUCUCCUCGCCGAUCAUGGCGGAGGGCCACCAGGUGCGGUACUUCGAGUUCGUGGACUUCGAGCGCAAGUUCGAGGAGUGCAUCAGCAAGUCGGCUGUGCGUACCAAGUUCGCGCAGCACUCGCGCCGUGGCAAGAACAUCGCCGGUGACGUCAUGGCCGCCCUCGAACUGGUGUACAACAACGCUACGGAGCAGAAAACUGCAAAAGUGGAGAAGCAGCGCAUCCUACACGAACAGCUGUCUGCGGUGGAGGAGCAGCUCACCACAAUCACGCGCCAGAUGAAGGACAAGAUCAACCGCAUGGUCGAGAGCGUCGAGCACAAGGUGUCGCUGACGCUGAGCCAGGAGAUCCGGCGGCUGUCGGCGCUGGUGGGCGAGUUCGAGGCGCCGUUCCGCAGCGAGCGCGCGGCGCUGGAGCAGUACAAGCGCGCGCUGCACCGCCACGUGGAGGCCGGGCUCGGCGAGCGCCUCAAGCUGCGCCUCUCCACCGACAUCGGCCACGAGAUGGACCUCGCGCAGCGCGACAUGGCCGAGCGCAUGUACAGCAUCCUGCCGCAACACAAGCGCGCGGCGGCCGCCGCCUGCAUCGUGCCGCACCAGCAGCCCUUCGAGGUGCUCUACCGGCUCAACUGCGACAACCUGUGCGCAGACUUCCAGGAGGACCUCCGCUUCCGCUUCUCGUACGGGAUCACGGCACUCAUACAACGCUUCAACGGGAAGAACACGAACAAGAUCGCACUCAAGAACCCACCGCAGUAUACGCAGAUCCCCCCGACGGUGAAGAGCCUGCCGCCGGCGCUGGAGCCGCUGGAGUCCCGGACAACCACAACCCUGAGCGCCGUGGGUCCGUUCAGUGCCGAGGAGUGGGGGCUGGUGUCCCGCUUCGCGCUCGGCGCGCUCACCUCGCAGGGCACCAUGGGCGGCCUGCUGCUCUCUGGACUUCUGCUGAAGACGGUGGGGUGGCGCGUGGUGGCGGCGCUGGGCGCGCUGUACGGCGCGCUGUACGCGUACGAGCGCUGCACGUGGACGGCGCGCGCGCAGGAGCGCGUCUUCAAGCAGCAGUACGUCGCGCACGCCGGCAAGAAGCUGCGCCUCAUCGUCGACCUCACCUCCGCCAACUGCAGCCACCAGGUCCAGCAGGAGCUGUCGACGAUGUUCGCGCGCCUGUGCCAGCUGAUCAACGAGGCGACGACGGAGAUGGACGAGGAGCUGGGCGAGGUGCGCGAGGCGAUCAAGCUGCUGGAGCACGCCUCCACGUCGGCCAAGAAGCUGCGCAACAAGGCCAACUACCUGAGCCACGAGCUCGAGCUCUUCGACGACGCCUUCCUCAAGCACAACUAGGCGGGCAACUAGCUCACACUGUCAAGUUAACGAGUUGGGGGCAGCUGCAACUUUACCUUCUCCUUAGGCAGCCUCCACACCGCGCGGCCGUUGUUUACCGCCAGCGGUGGGCACGCAAACGGCGUUCAGUUCGGCCUCGAGCAGUAGAUUGAAAUAGCUAUG